CACGAUUUCGAAUUUUCCGAUCAGUGUGGCGGCGCCAUCAAGAAAACUUGGCGGAAGCUGAGCGGUUUCCGGUCGCCUCCGUCGCCUCCUCCCUCUCGGCAUCCUUCUGUAUAAUCAUUGCUUUCUGUUUUUUUCAGUCAAUCAUACUCUGUAAUCUCCGCCUUCUACACCUAUAUUUUACUCAUAUGAAUGCUUCAUCGAAACAUCAUCGCUUUGACUAUUACCGCGUACCUUUUUGGAUGCUUUCUGAAGUCAUCUGGACUCGCCAUUUCCUAUUAUUGUGUUAGUUCCAUUGUUAUUUUGAUUGUCGAUUAGUAAUGGCGAUGGCUGCUUUCAAAUCGUCGUCUAGAAGAGGUAGUUCGACUUCGGCGACACCUUCUUCGAGUAGCGGCGUGUCAACUUCGGUUAAGGAUAGUAAGCAGAAUGAAAAUUCUCUCAAGAAAGCUACUAUGCGUAGAUCACGAAGCGUUAGUGCUUUUCCUAGAUCUAGUACAGUGGAUGUUUCCGCAGAUUUUUCGAAUAGUAGAGAUAAUCCGCUCUUCUGGAGCAACGGUUCGCCCCCGAUGGAGGAAGCUCGUUCUGUCAACCUUGAAUUAGAUGACAGUUCCGCCAGAGUCAGAUCAGGAAGUUCGAAACGUGUGAGUUGCGGUGGUGUUGAGAGUACGAGGGGACGAUCUGUGUCGAGAAAUUCUGAUUCUGGAAGUGUAGGUUCAGGAAACAGGAAAACCGGUUGUCGAAGCUUAUCGAGGGUAGGUGCUGAGCGGCGGGACCGUUCGGCGUCUGUGUCUCGAUAUACCGUUUCAUCGCAGUCCGUUGUGAACUCUGAGAGUGAGGCUGAGAGAGAGAAUUGUUACAGUACGAAAUCCAAUAGUAGAAAGACUCCAGAUUCUGUUCUUCGUGGUCGGAGAGAGGGUGGUUCAGUUAGAAGUAGUUCAGAUGCUUUGCAGCGAUCGAAAGGCCUUCAGACUCGAUCCAGUCAACUUUCGCCCUUCGAUUUAUCGGAUAACUGCGAUGUAUCAGUGUCUUGUAGUUUUGAGGAUAGGCUGUCCACCGCUAGUUCUUUAUCUGAAGCUGAAGAGAAAACUAUAAGAGCAGUUUGUGAGCAAAUGAAGUCAAUGAAGGGGGAUUGUUUGCAAGGGCAAUCCAGUGCUAGUGACAUAUAUGACAUUAUUCAAUACGAAGUUAGACGUGCUGUCCAAGAUAUUCAUAAUGAUCUUCUCAAUGCUUCACAAAGUGGUGCUGAUGCUGUAGGAAGUUCAAAUAUUGACAUUCCUUCCGAAUUGGUGAAUCCAGGAGCAGUUGAAAUGGUGAUGGACUUGAGAAGCGAGUAUUCCAAGAAGCUUGAGCUGUCACAAGACCGAGCUAGAAAACUUCGAGCAGACUUGGCAGUAGAGGAGCAGCGUGGAUUAGAGCUAAGUAGAAUUUUACGGGAAGUAAUACCGGCUCCUAAGACUUCUAUGAGACGAAAAGCUAGCAUUGAAAGAAGAAGGAUGUCAAAACGUCUAACUGAUGAUGCCUUGGCAUAUUUUGAUGAGUGUGUAUCAUUAUCAACAUUUGAUGGUUCUGAUUUCUCAUCAAUGGAAGAAACCCCCCCACCAAUUCACCAAGUUUCUUCCACUACCCAGGUGCUAGAUGGUACCCCCCAGAUUUCCCACAUCGAAUGCUUGCAGUUUCAGGAAUCAGCAGCAAUUGAAACUGCAUCUGAGAGCGAGCAAUACAAUUUAGGACAGACAUCUUACAGAAGCAGUAAUCUCAGCAAAUCUCAGUUCUCCUUCAGUAAUAAACCACAAGAAACGUAUGGAAUAAUCCAACAGGACAUUGGGAAGUACAUUCAGAAGUGCGAGAAAGAUGGUAAUAAAUCGAGGGUUGUAAGCAUGAAGAAGCAGUGCGAUAUUAUUAUGAACGAUAGGAAUAUGGAGAAGGCAAGUGAAAGCCUGUUGUUCGAUCGACUUGUUUUCAGAAACCGAAUAGAGUCGGGAAGUAUACUACUCUGCGGUGUAAGCUCUUCUGCAACUUCCUCCUAUUAUGCUUCUAUUAUCUGAAUGUCGUCAAUAAGGUAUAUACUUUCUAUGUGAUAAUUUUAUUGUAUUGUAAUGUAUUGGAUUGGUUAAGCUGUUGGUAUGUAUAUUCCAUAGAAUUGUGC